UUAUUACGAUUGAAAAUCUGCCCCUUAUUUACUUUUUCCGUGUACACACAACACACACAUUUUGCGUGUUGAGAUUUUUUGUUAAGGUUUGGAGAUGGCGAAGGACAAGUUUAUUGUGGAGGUGGAGCCUUCGAAGCCGGCCAAGGAUGGGAAGCCGUCGAUCGGACCGGUUUAUCGGAGUAUUUUUGCCAAGGAUGGUUUUCCGGCGCCGAUUCCCGGACUCGACUGCUGCUGGGACAUUUUCCGUUUGUCAGUAGAGAAAUAUCCCAAUAACCGGAUGCUUGGUCGCCGUGAAAUUGUCGAUGGGAAGCCUGGUAAAUAUUCGUGGAUGACUUAUAAAGAAGUUUACGACGUAGUGCUGAAAAUUGGUAAUUCCAUCCGCGCUUGUGGCAUUGAAGAAGGAGGACGAUGUGGAAUUUAUGGAUCUAAUUCCCCUGAGUGGAUUAUGAGUAUGGAGGCAUGUAAUGCUCAUGGGCUCUAUUGCGUUCCUCUAUAUGACACCUUAGGUGCUGGGGCUAUUGAGUUCAUCAUUUGCCAUGCGGAAGUUGCACUUGCUUUUGUAGAAGAAAAAAAAGUUUCAGAGCUCUUGAAAACAUUUCCAGGUGCAGCAACGUACUUGAAAACAAUUGUAAGCUUUGGGGGAGUCACUUCUGAACAGAAGGAAGAAGCUGAAAAAUAUGGCGCGGCUAUUUAUUCUUGGCAUGAAUUUUUGUCAUUGGGAAAACACAAAGAUUUUGAUCUCCCCGUGAAACAGAAAACAGACAUUUGUACAAUUAUGUAUACUAGUGGGACUACUGGAGACCCCAAAGGAGUCAUGAUUUCCAACAAAAGCAUUGUUACAUUAAUAGCUGGAGUACAAUGUCUGCUAUCGAAUGUCAAUGAAUCGUUGACGGUCAAUGAUGUGUAUCUGUCAUAUCUUCCCCUGGCGCACAUCUUUGAUCGAGUCAUUGAAGAGUGUUUCAUCAAUCACGGGGCGUCAAUUGGAUUUUGGCGUGGGGAUGUCAAGUUAUUGGUUGAAGAUAUUGCAGAGCUUAAGCCCACUAUUUUCUGUGCUGUUCCUCGGGUACUAGAGAGAAUUUAUGCAGGUUUACAGCUGAAGAUUUCGUCAGGGGGGUUUGUCAAACAAACAAUGUUCAAUUUUGCUUACUCUUUAAAAUUACGAAAUAUGAGGAAGGGACAAAAACACGCAGAGGCAUCUCCAAUAUGUGAUAAAGUUGUUUUCAGUAAGGUGAAACAAGGUUUAGGGGGCAAAGUAAGACUUAUUUUAUCUGGAGCAGCACCUCUUGCCUCACAUGUAGAAGAAUUUCUGAGAGUUGUGUCAGGCUCUUAUGUUCUUCAAGGAUACGGCUUGACGGAAACUUGUGCUGGUACAUUUGUUUCAAUACCGGACGAGCUGAAGAUGCUGGGCACAGUGGGUCCCCCAGUCCCUAAUGUUGAGGUUUGCCUGGAAUCUGUUCCCGAAAUGGGGUACGAUGCCCUUUCAAGUACACCUCGUGGAGAAGUAUGUGUAAGGGGUGAUACUUUGUUUUCUGGCUACUUCAAACGCGAAGACUUAACCAAAGAAGUCUUUGUUGAUGGCUGGUUUCACACAGGUGAUGUCGGUGAAUGGCAAGCAGAUGGGAGCUUGAAAAUUAUUGACCGUAAGAAGAACAUUUUCAAACUCUCACAAGGAGAAUAUGUUGCAGUCGAGAACUUGGAAAAUAUAUAUGGUCUAGUUUCUGAUAUUGACUCGAUAUGGGUAUAUGGGAACAGCUUUGAAUCUUUCCUUGUUGCCAUUAUCAACCCAAGUCAGCCAGCAGUGGAACGAUGGGCUGAACAGAAUGACAUAUCUGGGGACUUUAAAGCCCUCUGUGAAAAUACCAAAGUGAAAGAAUACUUUCUUGGAGAGCUCGCACGGAUUUCAAAAGAAAAGAAGUUGAAGGGUUUUGAAGUCAUUAGAGCAGUUCAUCUUGAUCCAGUCCCGUUCGACAUGGAACGAGACCUUAUCACACCAACAUUCAAGAAGAAAAGACCACAGUUGCUUAAGUACUACCAGGUAAACCUUUUG